AUGUGGGAAUCUUUCCUCCGCAGCCAAGUGCCUUCUGCUGCCCCUGCUGCUGCCCCCCUAUCUGAAACCAUGACUCUUCCACUGCCUGAAGUCAAGUCUCUCGCAGACUGCGUCUCCUUUGACCACGCCGUGCGACCAUUCCUGUCGCAAGUCGCUGCGCUCCCAGAACAGCUCCGGCCUGUAAUCGCAGCAAAAGAUGUAAAUGCGCUCAAGGAAAUCUAUCUCGCGACCAACCCCCUUGCGACUGCGCUUGCUUUUACCAUCUUCCUUUCUGGCUUGUUUAUCAUUUUCUCCGAGAUCAGCCGCAACUACUCCCAGGUCGAUCGCCUCUGGUCUAUCUUGCCCUCUAUAUUCAAUGUUCAUUUCGCUGUCUGGGCGCGUCUUUCGGGUCUGCGCACACUUAACUUGGAUACCAUUGCUGCAGUCUCCCUUCUCUGGACUGUGCGCUUGACCUUCAACUACUGGCGCAGAGGCGGCUACAGCUAUGGCUCAGAAGAUUACCGCUGGUCCAUAAUCCGCUCCAGGGUGAACAACCGUUUCCUAUUCUUCCUGUUCAACAUUACCUUUAUCAGCACGAUUCAGCCACUCCUGCUACUGCUCCUUACAACCCCAACCUACAACUUUCUGCUUCUCGCGCGGCUUCCUGGCGGCCAAUCCUUCGAGCUUCCCGACCUGAUCUUCUCUCGUGUCGCGUUCUUUUUCAUCAUCCUCGAAUUCUUUGCCGACCAGCAACAAUGGAAGUUCCAAAAAGCCAAGACAGAAUACAACAACUCUGCCCGCAUCCCGGGUAACCUCAAGGAUCAGUAUGACCCGGAAGACCUUGAGCGUGGUUUCGUUGUGAGCGGACUGUGGUCGCUCUCCCGGCACCCCAAUUUCGCCGCCGAGCAGGCCAUCUGGCUCACAUUGUACCUUUGGAGCGCCUACCGUACCGAGCAAUACGCGCAGUGGACUGCUGCGGGUGUUAUCGGCCUUCUCCUCAUCUUCCAGGGAAGUGUCCGCCUUACUGAGGGAAUCAGCACCAGCAAAUACCCCGAAUACCGGGAAUAUCAAGCUCGCGUUGGAAAGUUCAUCCCACGUCUGUCCGUUGCGCCCAAGUACAAGGGAAAGAACAAGAAGAAGGCUGUGCAGCCUACUCCCAAGGACAAGAAAGAGGAGUAG